AUGGCUUGCAAAAGACGUUCCAAAAAACGAUCUUAUAGCGCGGAAUCCGAGGAAGAGUCCCUGGCGGCAUCUUUUCUGGCUCCUGCAAACCGGCGGAGUGCUCCCGCAAAGAACACAAUACCCAAACGUUUAGCGCCGAGAUCUGGAAACCAAUUCCGAGUUGGACCGCCGUUCAAAUGUUCCGAGUUGGCAACCAUACUAUGCGCCUCAACAGGAAAAGUUGUCAAGCCGAUAUUAAAUGCCCGUCUCGACAGAGGUUUCGACUUACAACAAGAAAGAUGGAUUGGGUAUAAGAGGAAUUAUUUCACCCUUGUCUCUUCGUUCAAUGUAGUAGGUGUUGAAAAUCCAUUGGAGGGAACAUUUAUUUUAGUUGAACCAGAUACAACUAUGGCGAGGAAUAUUAGGUACUUCCGAAUUGAGCUCAGCAGCGAGACUGAUGAGGCCAUCCCUCGCCAGAUAAGUCUCGUGCAACAUACAGCCAAAAGGGACAAUGGUCCACAGAGUAGUCCAUCCGUUUACAAUAUCAUUCCCGGCGAUUUGCCAAGCCAUGAUACUGUCCGUGAGAUCGCAAACGUCAGAAACCUCACCAAGGUAGCUCAGAGCAAUCUUCUAUUCUUUGUUUCGGAUGAAGAACGUCAAGAGUACCUCGAUUUUUAUGAGACAGGUUUGUUGACUCAAUACCCAGCAAAUGAACCGGUCUCUAGAGCUGUGCGCUACGAUCGAAUUCAAUUCCAAUACUCGGCUAUCGAGGCAGGACAAAAAGGGACAAAAGUCGAAAGAGGCUUUAUACUCAAGCUAUCACUAUUUGCUGUUCUCAACGAUGGUUCAGCGGUAGAAAUUUGCAAAGCUACUUCUCCCUCUCUCUUGAUUCGAGGAAGAUCACCAUCUUCGUACGCAUGCCAGGGUAAUCCGGCGAACUGUGGCACAAUUUUGUCUCAAAAUGGAGUUAGAGUUGAUGACGAACAAAAAUCUGAUUUAUCUCAUGUACAAGCUGGAACUCAUUAUCAGAAGCGCCAACUGCGACCUCAAAAGAGAACGCCGUUAAAAAACCUCAACAGCAACAAACCAUUCCGCAAAUCAUCAAAAACAGAGAAGUUUGGAUCAAGCCCGGGAUCAAUUUGCUCACCAGGAAUUGUGGAAACCUCCUUCAACAAAACACAAAAUGAAUGCAUUGUGAGGAUCAAGAUAAUUCCUGGCGCGGAAAGAAAGCAACUCCGACCAGAAUACGAGAUGAGAAGAAGUAUUCUACCUCAAAUUUCUCACCUCAAGCCCUCCAACUUUUGCAAAAAUUCUAACGCCGAAGCAUCUGGGAAUGAAUCUAGCUCUAUUGACAUAAAAGAUUUGGCGGCCUCUGUUGAACAGUAUAAGCAAGAGAGGGUAGGUAGCUGUGCUUUGACUCCAGUUGAUUUAUUUCCCAGACAGAUUUCCUUUUCAUCCUCAAUAGAUCUUCUUGGAAGAUCAUUCACGGCAGAUGGCAACAGAAUAAGAGCAACUUCAAAAGAUCUAUUGUUCUUGUCAUCAUAUCCUGUGAGUCAGAAUUCAAAUGCCACAUCAUUUGAGAGGUUGGAUAAGGCGAUGAAAGCAUACGAGACAGCUAAAAUUGAACUCGAGGCACUCACCCUGACUCAGACUAAAGAAUGUUUUUUGAAAGAGAACGAAAGUUUACUUGAACUGGUGGUUCCAUUCUCGCUGUAUUUACCUGUGCAAGGGUCUACUUCGACCCCAAUACAAUCAAGAGGCGUAGAUGGAGCAUCCAAUAAUACCAAAACAGAAUCCAAGUUUGAUCAAUGUGAGCACGGGAAAAGAAAGAAGAGCAGGAGUAGGGAUGAGUAUGCUUUUGAUCUGUGGGAUUAUGAGAAUGCCGAUGAUUCCAGCUACCUAUUAUUGCUUGCAAAUUUGACGAAGUAUCUGGCUUUAAUAAGGUAA